AUGCAGUCACUACGUAGAACAGCAGUGGCUGCUGCCAGGACGAGCCGAACCUCGCUUCCGCGCCAAUCGCGCCGCUUCGCCCACGAUGAACACGCCCACGGGCACCCGAGCCCAGCCGUCGACGAGCCCAUGGGUUACGGCUUCUAUAUGACAAUUGGUGUCAUCCCCGCGGGAAUGGCUGUCUAUUUUAUGUCGCGAACGGACGGCGAAAAUAACGAGCCGUACUUCACCCGCAUGAUCGCCAAUGCUACGGCCGGCCUACACGAGAAGUGGACUUCGCAGAACGACCACCACGUGCGUAUGAUCGAGCAGGCGGGUGAGGACAGGGUGCUGUUCUUGAACACACGGCCGCAGGAAUAUGUCGAUAUGAAGUUCCCUGAGAUCAUGAACGUUGGAUCGCCCUACAACGUCCCCGCCGGAAGCCAAGUCCAGAUGGACAAGGUUAUUGAGAAGUACAAGAAGCUUGCAAACGAGGAUAACGAGCGUAAGCUGGAGAAGUUGAGGAACAACCAGAUCUCUUCUGAGCAGCCAUUCGAGGGCAAGACCCGUGUCAAGAAGGCGCCCGACAUCCUGACUCAUUUACAGAUGUCGUCUCCCAUCGAAGUGCGCACUCGAAGCAUGCCGCUGCUUCCCUUUCGCAGAAGGAAGGUAGUCCCGGUUACUGCGGUUCUAGACACGGCACCAUUGCUCCCCGAACUCUACUUCACCGCCCGCAAGAGGAAUGACAUGAACGGGUCAGCUUGGACCACCGACGACACUUCUCGCACUGCGAACGCCGCACCAGCACGCACGACCUCGACCACCACUACCAUGCCCUCGUACACAACGCCCCGCAACGUCUCAGGCCCGCUAGCCGUCGACAAGGCGCCCAUGAGCCCCGAUGAGAACAGCUCGUGGAACCGCCCCAACCACUACAGCACCCCCAACUCCAAGACGUCGCAAUACAUUGAUAAGAUCACACAAGAGAAUGACCGCCUGCGACGAGAACUCAGGGCAGAGAAGCUCGCCCGGGAAGAUGAAGCCAAGCGUGUGUCGGCUGCACAAACCAAGGCCGAAGAUUCCCGCGCCGAGUAUCAGCAUCUCCAAGUGCUCGCCGACACCAAUGCGAGGGCGAUAGAACGGAAAGACCGGAAGCUGGAAGAGCUGAAGGCCACAUUGGACGCUGAGAUACAAAGACGGAAGUCAGCAGAGCAGCGAGCCGAGGAAGCGCUCAGGAUGCUGGGCGACACACGAUCAGAGACCCAACGACAACUCUCACAAGCAUACGAGAUGAGGGGCAUGGCAGACACGAACCUCGAGACUGCACGAGACGGCUUCAAGCGCAUCACCGACGGCUACGAGAAGAAGGUGCGCCAGAUCAACGACGAGCUCAACGAGCUCCGGAGGAAACGCAUCGAAGACGCCGAUAAGAUCAAGCGACAAGCCAUCAUCAGCGAUCAGCUACAACACGAAUCGUCACGAUCGACGCGAACGGAAGCCAAACUGACUAACAUGAUGGAGAUAUACAAGAAGGAGCACCGGAAAGAGAUGGAAGGCCUCAUACAGGAAGCCGAGAGGCUGCGACGCGCACUACCAGAGAAGGAGCGAGAAGCGCAGAAGCUUGUCGACUCGUUGAAGGAGACCCGCGACAAGAUGCGAUGGGUCAUAACUCAACAUGAACGACAAAAUGGGGGGAAAUAA